AUGGUUCUCUUUAAACGCAAACCCGUCCGCUUCUUGCCGGCCGUGGAGAUUGAGGAUGAGAACGCCGAGGUUUGGCAUAUUCCUCAAACAGGGGAGGUUUUCACCUCUUAUGAUAGCUAUCUUGAUCGCAUGGAUUUCUACAAACAGCGUCGUUUCAACGAUCAAAUCACAGGUCAUUCUGGUUUGACUUUUUUUGAGGCGUUGAAGAGUGAGCUUGCGGGUGGCAAAGAAGUUGAAGCUUCGUUUCCCGAGGCGCUGAAAGGUCCUAUACUGCGUAAGGUGCAGUUUCAGACUAUUUCUCGCCUUGAUAACCUCGUCGAUCAAAUCUACGACGAGUUCAAACAUGACUACUACCCUGGUGAGGAGGUCACAGUGACCAUGAAGGGGGGUGAUCGCGCUCACGGUUUGGUGCGCGAUAAGACAACAUUCGGUCCCCGCGCUCUUCCUGAUGGAAGCCAUUCUCUACCCACAACACGCUACCUCGUGGAUCUCAAUGAUUCAGAAGAGGAGACAAUAGUUACGGAUGAACAUAUCUGCCGAGACCGAGGCAUCUUCACAAAGGCAAUGCUCAGAUCUUUCAUUAAAAAGACAGUCACUCGUGAUGCAUGGAACGGUGCACCAUGGCUGGUCAAGCACGAUUACGCAAGCCAGUAUCACAUUGACACUCGCGUGCCUCCUCAUCUUCGAUACGACACCAAGGUUAUGGAGCGCAAACAACUCCAGGCACAGAAGAGAGCGCACAUCAAUCAUGAGGUCAACGGCCACGACUUGACCUCGGCACUUCAAUCCGGUCCAGUUCGUCUUCCGGAACUCAAGCCAGCUCCUAAGAGCAAGGCGAAGCCAGGGCAGCAUGGAUCAGGAUCCAAGGGACUCAAGUGGCCUCUUAAUAUGCCUGUUCAUGGAGGCAACCCAUUUAGCUCACCUUCAGACUAUGGCAUCCAGACACCCGUCCAACGCGAGCCCACUCCACCGCCACCACCUCCCCCUCCUCCAAAGUACCCUAUUGAGGAUCUACAGCUUGAGCCCCGGGAUGAUCGAAAGCGUCCACCUCUCAAAUUCCUCUGCAGAAACCCUCCAGCCAAGGUCGAAAAUGACGACGCAAUCCAGGACGAUUUCUCCGACAAGAUUAACAUGGAAUCCAUCGGACCAUUACUCGAGACCUGGGAUACACUCAAUGUGUACUGUGAGGUCUUCAAGCUGGACUCUUUCACUUUCGACGAUUAUGUUGAGGCACUCUGCGUUGCUUCGGAAAAAGUGCCAAUCCAGCUCAUUGACGAGAUUCACUGCUCAGUUUUGAAGAUUUUGGUAGACUCAGAAGCCGACGGUGGAAAGGUGCGAAUUAAUCUACCUGAAGUCGACGAAGAAGAUAGCGACGACGAGGAAGACGAAGAUGCCAGUGCACUGCCUACUCCGGAGCCAGAAGUCAAACCAGGCAGACGAGCCACUCGUAGCAGUCUCGCCAAGGCUGAAGCAGAGAGACUGGCUGCUGAAGCUGCUGCUGCUGAGAAGGAGAGUGAGGAAGAGACUAAGCAUCGCGCCGAACAACUUUUGGAGGAUUACGAUUGGAUCGAGCAUCUUCGAAAGCGAGACUUUGCCAAUGGAGGCUGGGAGCGAAUCCUGGUGGGCCUCCUUCAUCAGCUGUCAGAGAACGAACGCCAGCACGAUGUCUGCGAAGAAAUAUUGCACCUGCUCGUACCAGCUGGUGUCGAUGCCACACAAGAAACUGUCAAGCAGCGAUAUGCUCAGCUCGACAUUAAUCAACGCGUCAAAGUUCUACAAAUUAUCUGCAUGCUGACUACUGAGACUAAGGCUAUGCGAGGCUACAUGGAGGACUGCAGCGAAACUAUGACCACAUACCGCAAGGAGAGAAUUGAAUGGCAGCGGCAGCGCAAGCAAGCCAUUGAGGAUCUGCGUCAGCUCAACGAGCAGAAGAAGAUUUUGCUGCCAGACAACAUGCCUCCCUCGCCACCAAAGGAAGAGGACGGCGACGUGAAGAUGGCCGAGCCUGACGAUUCAAUCAUGUCUCGAGAAGCCGAUGGGGAAGAGACUGAAGAGGACCCGACGACUAGAAAGCGCCGACGACCUCUCACAGCUAAGCAGCGCAAGCAAGAGGAAGAGCAAGCUCUCAAGAAGGAGAAGGAGAAGGCUGCCAAGUUGGCCAAGACUCCCAAACCCCCAGCGCAGUCGAAGCAAUUCAUCAAGCUCUUGAAGGACAUUCAGAAGAAAGAGGACAUCAUCAAGAAGUGCGAAGACGAAAUUGCUGUUAUCGAGAACGACCUACGCGAGGCCGAUUGUCCUAGAACCCGAGUGCUUGGGAAAGAUCGGUUCUGGAACCGGUACUACUGGUUUGAAAGGAACGGCAUGCCCUAUGGUGGCCUUCCUGACAGCUCAACAGCCUCAGCAGAUUAUGCUAACGGUCUGAUUUGGGUCCAAGGCCCUGACGAACUCGAGCGAGAAGGUUACAUCGACUUGCCUGCUGAUCUUCAAGAAGAGUACAAGGCACAAUUUAACAUGACAGUGCCUGAACGGAAGGCCAUGGAGGAGUCCAACACCAGUGUGUUCAACGCGCAUCAAUGGGGUUACAUCUCAGAGCCUGAACAUGUUGAUGAGCUUAUCAAGUGGCUGGAUCCUCGUGGAUUUAACGAACUCAAGCUUCGAAAAGAGCUUCUGGCCUUCAAGGAGAAGAUUGCCAAGCACAUGCAGAGUCGCAAGGUCUACCUCUCAGCCGAGGAAGAGAACGACAAGAAGGAGGAAACUCAUAAACGGAUGAGUACACGUAUCCGGGAUAAGUCACCUGAUACAUCCAAUUAUCGCAGUCUCCAGUGGGAGAACACGACAGCGCUUGAGGAGCUGGGACAUUUGCACAGUGAUCCUCCCCCACCGCCACGAUCUCGAAAGCAAACUCGAAAGCGCGAGGCUGUUAACGACGCCCCAGCCCCAGCAGCUAAGACUCGACGACGAUGA